AUGGCGGAAGAUGGCUUUUUCAAAAUUGGAAUGCUGAAGGAAGAGGGUAACAAGACGGAGUCAACACUGUCUAUGAUUACCAGUUCGGAGGUUACGAAAACGGAGGUUAAGAUCUCUGUCACCGUCACCUGUCCGCCAAAACGGAGUGGGCCAGGUCGUCCCAGGAAGAUCCGUUCUCCGCCAUUAGAUUCAGACGAAGACCAUCCAAGCACAAAUCGUUUCCUAAACUGA